CCUGACAACGGGGAGCACAUGAUGCGACACAGCCCACCGCCUCCAGCAGAAGACAUGUUGUAUCAUUGCGCCAACAUCAUCUGCAUUGCUUGAUACUUGUUCAUCAUUAACAUUCAAACCACCAUUGAAUUGACAACUGUUGCCCAUUAGCAACACUUGCACCAUGGCGCCCUCUCUGCGCGACAUCGUCUCACAAGCCACGAGCUUCAUCUCCCAACUCCCACUCGGCGGCGGCAGUGAUAGCUUCCAACCACCGAGCGAUGUCUCCUUCUACGAUCCCAUCACCAGCGGCCCAUCAUGUCCCAUCGAUGGCCCGGUGAGCUGCCACAACAGCACACCGAUUGCAGAGCCCAACUCGUGUUGCUUUGUCUACCCCGGCGGCAAGAUCCUCCUCACGCAGUUCUGGGAUCAGCAAAUCCAUGCUGGGGGCGCUGAGGAGGACUGGACUCUUCACGGGCUAUGGCCCGACCUCUGCGAUGGCACCUACGACCAGUUCUGCAACAUGACUCCGCAGUACCACAACAUCACUGCCGUUCUAGAGCAGCACGGUCAGCAUGAACUCGUUCAGUUCAUGGAUCGGUAUUGGCUGGCAUCCUCGGGACCAAACUCCAGACUGUGGGAGCACGAGUUCAACAAGCACGGCACAUGCAUCAACACUCUUGCCCCUGCGUGCUAUGGCGACUCGCAUAAACCGGGGCUGGAGGUGGUUGAUUACUUUCAGCGUGCUGCCGCCCUCUUUCGGACGCUGGAUACCUACCACGCUCUUCAAACCGCCGGGAUCGUCCCCCACCCGAGGAAGCACUACCCUCUUGCUGAUGUCCAGGCUGCUCUGGAGAAGUACAGUGGCGGGAAAGUGGUGCUCCGCUGCGGUGGACGUCGCGAUGUGCUCCACGAGGCCUGGUAUGUCUACUUUAUCAGGGGCAGUUUGCAGACCGGAGACUUCAUUCCGGCUCAGGACCGCGGUGGCAAGGAGGAAGACGCUGGCAACUGUGCCCCUUGGAUCAAGUACCUGCCCAAGAGGCACCCAAGAGGAGCGGACUUGUAAGAGGUAAUAGAUAAUGUGUUGAUCAGAGGGGGGGGUGGGGGCUUGGGGGUUUGGUUGGGUUCGGCGUUGCUCGGCGUCUUUGCUUCUUGGUUUAUGGAUUUCCCUGCUUGAUUACUUGUUAUAGACUUGGGCUGUUUGCUGAGCGCCUUUGUAGACAGCGUCUGUCAGAUUCGGACUGGAUCACCCGGCUGCUCCUAUGUGGUGGUCUGGGGAUGGGUUGGUCGUCUAGAAUAUUUGGGACUGGUGUGUGUACACCGCAGAUAUAUGCACAUGAUAACGAUACAUACCUUGUUGAAGAGAG